GCCCCGUUGACGCGCCGGCAACGCUUGUUUACAAAGUUUAGCUGCCAAACCUGAACCUUGGAAGGGCCGAGGCGGGGACGUGUUGGCUUAUUUACCGGCGCUGCGGCCUGCACAAUGUCCUCCUCCGGGGUCAAGGUGAAGCAGGAGAGAGAGGAGUCCGGUGGCGAUGUUGAUGCUGCCCGUGGGAGGUUUGACGCAGCCCUUCAGGGUCUGCUGCAGAAAGAUGAAGAGUCGGAUUCUGAAAAUGAGUCUGAUCCCGACAGUAAAGUGAAAGUUUUCACCAAACUUGGCAUGUCCAGCAACCGAGCCACACGUCCCCCCCGCAAGAGGCGAAGGAAGGAGAUCGACCUGCGUGACUCCGGCUUCCACCACACCUUUGUGAUGCGCAUGUUUGACCGCAGCGUCGACCUGGCUCAGUUUGACGAGACCUCGCCACUCUACCCAAUAUGCCGAGCCUGGAUGAUCAACCAGCCACACAACUCCAGCCUCAAUGUAAAACAAGAGCCGGGAAGUCCCACCGGAGAAACCUUCAACAGUGCAGAAAACAGUCAAGAGAAUGACUUCCCCACCGAGAUCCUGUCAGAUGGACCUACCAACGGCGCCGUGGCAAUGGGCAAACUGCCAGCGCCUGACCCCUGGCCGUCCGACACCUUCAACAAAGACCCACGGAUCCCAGAGCCUCUGCCGCACCCGCCCAACAGACUCAAGGAGAUAAAUGAGUGUGAAACUACACUGCCGGGGCUGCUGAUGACCGAACACCUGAAAAGGUGGCGACAAAUUCGAAACCUCUGGAGAAAUGCCUCGAGAGUCAACGACCAGCGCUACAGCACCUCCUACGGCCUCCUGAAAGCCAUGUUUGAAAGGGCCCACGAAGGUUGAAGUAAGUUGUCCAGAAGCUUUAACGUUGUAAGUACAGAACAUAGACGGCUGUUGCUAUUUUCUUGGUACUGUUUUAUGUGUAGACGUGUGUUUUCUAAUCUGCCUACAGUUUUAUAAUAACUUUAUAUGUAUACUUUUGUAGUUUAGGAAAAGGAAAAGAUGCAGAUGGAUUUUGGUCGGUGAUGUCUAUAGCGCCAGUAGGCUUUAUUGAGGGGCCUGGAUGGUAGUCGGCCCUGGCCCGUCAUGGCGCUAGCAUUUAUAGUGGCUCCAUCUCUCUGAACUGGUAACCAUCUCGUAUGUGCGGCGUCUUCACUCAUCAAAUUGUUCUUGUGUGAAAGUUCAGGAGACACACAAACGAGUCUUAAGUAAUUUGCAGGCUUGUAUAAAACUGUCCGACGUAAGUGAAUCAGGUUUUUUUCUGCAUCCUAGCUAUAGACUUAAGCUCUCCAAAAUAGACAAAUUGACACUUCUUUUGAUUGUUUUCUUCCAUCAGGCUGACUGUUUUAUCUUUGUCUCAUUCAUUCAUUUCAUCGACGCCUACUCCUAGGAGCUCCCACCAGGGGAUGGCCACGGCAGAAGAGCUUCCAACUUUCUCUAUCCAGACAUUCCCUCCUUGCCUGCUCAAAAAAUCAUAUAGAAAAGAAUUACACAGUUCAUUCUAAUUUUGGGUAUGAUAAUCAGGGAUCAGGGCGGAUCCUUCCCUUAACCUGAGAAAAGCGAUCCCAGGGUUGGAGAGAGCCAUUGUCAGGCGACUGGUUGACCAAAAAAUUAAGUCUCUCAGAAUUGGAAAAAAACAGUAUCUCAGCGCCUUUGGAAUAUUGGAGUGCAUAGGGCAGUGAAAACCAAAACAUCCUGUACCUACUUGUAUGGCUGUGGCAGUGGUCAAUAAAUGGGAUUUAGCCAAGCGCUGGCAACCCCUGGGACCUGCAAGGGGGACUACGUGCAACAAGGCAAGACGAGGGACGUGAGCAUAAAUGACGCCUAACAUGUACACGUAUUUGUAAUUACUAAUAUACACCUCAUCUAUAUCUUAAUUUUUUUUAGUUUAUCAAUAAUUUAUAAAUAAGACGUGCUACGAGACGAGGCAAGACGAUUAACGUGGGCGAAAUGUGGGGAUGGUGGGCAGUCCUACUGAGUGUUGCCAUAUAUUACAUGAUGCAGUCCAAUUUUCAGCCAUCUAGACCUACUGUUCAAAAAUCACGCUCAAUUGAGGCUAAUCGCCUCUCCUCGGGCAAGCCUCAAUUGAGGUCUGUCACCGUUCUCGGCUUAAAAGUCUUGUAAUCUCUCAUUUCUAAAACUAUUCCACUUUUUCCACACACAAACAGUAUAAAGAAAUAGUAUCAUAUGUUAUCUGUACUUUAGUGGGUAUUGAAGGGCUGAGACGUCUCACUUAAGUGUGGAAUCAUUAGAACUCAGCCCGUGGCAGUAAGGUAUUCUAGAGGCUGCACUAAAACAAGGUCGUGAGUGUUCCAUCAAACAUUUACUCGCCAAAUCAAAACAUUUUACAAGAGAGUAACGAGAUAAUGUCCCAUCCAGGUAUAUUUUUACUUGCAUUCAUUCACAUCUAGGAGCCAGCAGGUAACACUUCUGUCAGAUUCCUGCAUGUCCACAUUCUCACGUGUAAGCAUGGACACAAAAAUAAGAUGACGGUUGUUAUACACACAACAGUAUGACAGUAAUGUGCAAACCCAAUGCCACAAAUAUUUGUAAACUACAAUGUAAUGUAAUCUUAAAUUAAUGUUUUGUAUUAUUCUCUUGGUAAAUCAGGUCAUGAGAAUAGACUGAAAGAGUCCAUGUCACAGCCUUGGCCAGCCCUGAAAGUCUGUGGUUUAAAUUAAUAGCCACUUGCAAAUUUGUACCUUUAUGCUUUGUUACCCAAACAAAAAAAAUUGCAUACCAAAAUUAUAUGUGGCCUUUCCAACUGGUGAUCAGUGACUUGAAUGAGUUACUACUAGACUGACUGGUGACAAGUGUGUGAUUGUCAUGGCUAUGCCAGUAAACAUGAAGAUCAACUCAUGGUAACAGUAUAACAGAGGGAUAAAAAUUCCUUGCAUCACAGGUGACUACAAAAUUGCUGGCCUCAAGUAUACACAUUUAACUCACCAUGUGAGUAACAAAUUUGCUGCUUUCAGGGCUGCUUCCCAGGUUAAGAUACAAAACUUAUAUUAUUGUGCCUCAUAAGAACACAUGUGUAGUUGUUUCUGAAAAUUGUCUUUCAAAUAGCAUCAAUAAAUUCAUAUGUACAUAGUCUUUCAGUAAAAUAAAAUAAAAAUGCCUCACAGCCACAUUUUGUCAUUCAUGUUCAAAAUAAGUUAGUGCACAAGGCAGGUGGUUCAUGCAAUCAUCCACUAAAGUUGUUUACAAAGUAAGUUUCCUUUCUUACUGCUUUUGUCUGGAGCAAAACACUCAGGUUGGCUCAGAAAGCUUCACAGUGUCUCACCAGGACCAGUGUGUGCCAGGGUGCCUCCACCAGGCGGAGAGUGUGCCCUGACUCACACUGGCCCUGGCUAAGCAGGCAACAGAUUGUGAACUCUUAACUUAAGAAUAGUAAAAAUUCCCUGAAGAAUAAAAGUAAACAAAUUAAUUAGGAAAUGCAAUAAUGAUGAUGCACAUUAUUCUGAUACAAGUGUAUACAUACAUAUGUGUAGAUCUGAACUCUAGGGAUAUAUAAACCAAAAUGUAGUUUUGAGUGAAAUGAUUUCAAACUUAUGUAGAAGUCAUCCAUCAUAAUAUUCAUGUGGUAUUUGACAAAUAAUGACAGACUGUGAUGACUGUGACUCAUGUUGGGUUGUUAACACUGAAAUGUUUAGCAGCAGCACUUUUUAGUUUAUAUAUUUAUUAUUCAGAUCUCAUGUAGCAUUAAUACAGGUUUAUAUAUAUAUGAAAGAGAAAGAGUAGCUCUUCUCGUUUAUCUAACAUUAAACCCACUGCUUCUAGUGAAUGAGGUAAUCACACAGACAUCUAGCUAAU